ACGACCCAACACCGCCUCUACCGCCUCUCCUGUUCCAGCCCAGUGAGCGAGUUAGGGCAGAAUGUUGCAGUAGAGAGAGAGAUUGCAGCAUCUACAGCAGCAGUCCCGAGCAGUGCAGGUGAGAGGGGAAAAAAAGCAAAGAGAGAAGAGGAGGAAGAGGAGGUGCAAGUCGAGAGAGAGUGAUAGAGAGAGAGGGAGAGAGAGAAUGCGGGACUCUUGCAACAAAAAAAAGACGCAUCUUCACUCGGUCCAUUACCGACAUCCCGAGCAGGAGCUGGCGAGGAUUAACGCGUAAUUGAUGCCCGUUCCGGGAUCUCCCGCUUUAGCUCACCAAGAAAGGUGCUAAAUUAAGAUCCCCGCUUACUUACUUUAUUUUUUUUAUCGUCAUCAUUGAAUAAAGUGGCCGUGAGAAGCACACGCGUCUCCUUCCAAGUUGCAAGAAUCCGAUGGCUUGGCACGUUGCUCCGCCACUGCGGGGAAAGCAAGCAGCCGGCUCUUAAGCAUGCUGGAUCUUUUGUCCUCAUACAAACAUAUCCAGUGUUGAAGAGCCCGGUAAGAAGAGUUGCAAUAUAAGUUGAAGAGACGGGAGAAUAAAAGUCAGCAGUCAGAAGAGGGACGGGAUACAGCAAGAACCCAUACAGUGGGGUGCCCCACACCACUUAAGUCUGAAGAAGAAAGAAAGAGGCAAAGAGCGCAGUAGACAGCCAUGCAGAGGCUUGGUGCAGUGCACUCUUCAGCGCAAGCAGUCUUGAUGCUGCUGCAGCUGCUGACUCAGCUACCAGGUGCACACUCUGCUCUUCGGUACCGGGUGGCAGAGGAGGGCCCCCCUGACGUCAAGAUAGGCAACGUGGCCGCAGACCUGGGCCUCACCGCAGGCACGGGCAGCGGGGAUGUCACCUUUGCCCUGGAGAGCGGCUCUGAGUUCUUCAAGAUUGACAACGUGACUGGUGAGCUGACGACAGGCCCGAGGCGCAUUGACAGAGAGAAGCUGCCCCAGUGCCAGAUGAUUUUUGAUGAAAACGAGUGCUUCUUGGACUUUGAGGUGUCGGUGAUUGGGCCCCUGCAGAGCUGGGUGGACUUGUUUGAAGGCCGUGUGGUCAUAACUGACAUCAAUGACAACACUCCUUCCUUCCCCUCACCGGUUCUCCAGCUCUCUGUGGAGGAGAAUCGUCCAAUAGGGACCCUUUACCUUCUGCCUACUGCCACAGAUAGGGAUUUUGGGCAAAAUGGAAUCGACCGUUACGAGCUCAUACAAGAAGGUGCAACUGGGUCAACUUCAACACGACGCACAACAGGGGGAAACCCCAAUGGUAGAGUAGAUGGGCUUGGGGAUAGGAGGGGUAGGAGUGGAGAUAAUGGGGGAGGAGCUAGGAGCACCGUGUUUGAACUCCAAGUGGCAGAUAUACCAGAUGGUGAAAAACAGCCUCAACUCAUCGUCAAAGGUACAUUGGACCGUGAGAAAAAAGACUCGUACGAACUGAUCCUGCGAGUUCGAGACAGAGGCAAUCCGCCGCGCUCUUCCCAAGCUUUGCUUCGUGUUUCCAUCACGGAUGUCAACGACAACAGCCCGCUGUUUGAAAGGUCCACGUAUGAGGCGGAAAUGGCAGAAAACGCACCUCCGGGAACGCCGGUCCUCCAGGUGAGAGCUUCAGAUCGUGACAUCGGUGUGAAUGGGCAGGUGGAGUACGUCUUCGGAGCAGCCACGGAAUCUGUGAGGCGCCUCCUACGACUGGACGAAGCCACCGGAUGGCUGAGCGUCCUUCACAGGAUCGACAGGGAAGAAGUGGCUCAGCUGAGGUUCACUGUCACAGCUCGGGACAGGGGCCAGCCACCGCGCACUGAUCGAACCACAGUCAUUUUGGCAGUCCGUGAUGAAAACGACAAUGUCCCAGUUGUAGAGAUUCGAAAGAUCGGACGAAUCCCGGUGCGAGACGGGGCUGCGUUGGUACCUGAGAACGUUCUGGUCGACACGCCAGUCGCUCUGGUCCAAGUGUCGGACCGAGACCAAGGAGAGAAUGGUGCUGUGACCUGUACUGUUGUUGGUGAUGUGCCAUUUACACUGAAGCCAGCUGGGGAAACAGCGCUUCCACCUUUACCUGCAGAUGAAGCAUUUGACAGGAACAAGAAAAAAUUCUUCCUGCAUACAUCGGCUUUACUGGACUACGAAGUCACUAAAGAAUACAGCGUCACCAUCGUGGCAGUAGAUUCUGGCAGCCCCAGUCUAUCCAGCAACAGUUCCCUGAUGGUGCGAGUGGUCGAUUACAAUGACCACCCUCCUAUCUUUUCCCAAAGUGUCGUGGAGGUCCACUUUGCCGAGAACAACUCCCCAAAUGAGAGGGUCGUCACGGUGGUGGCCUCAGAUGCAGAUAGUGGCAAGAACGCAGAGUUAUCAUACGCCCUGGACCCUGCUGCUAACGGGCCAUUUUACAUAGAUCCAGAUAAUGGAGAUAUCCGUGCUACUGGUGUACUGGACAGAGAGCAAAGGGAGAGGUAUGAACUCAAAGUUAUUGCCAAGGACAAGGGCACCCCUCCUCUACAAGGCUCAGCAACUGUUGUUAUCCAGGUGACUGACCGCAAUGACAAUGCGCCAAAGUUUGUCCAGGAAGUGUUUACGUUUUAUGUCAAAGAGAACCUGCUUGCCAACAGCCCGGUUGGCAUGGUCACCGUGACCGAUGCUGACGAAGGUGAGAAUGCGGAGCUCAGCCUCUUUGUAGAGAUGGAUGAUGAGGCAGAGGAGAAGAUUGUAGGUGAAGGUGGUGCUAAAGAGCAAGAGGAGGUGUUCUCCAUUGAAAACAACACAGGCACAAUAUUCUCCUCGCUGUCAUUUGACCGUGAAAAACUGUCCACCUAUACCUUCCGUGUGAGGGCUGUAGAUGGAGGAGAGCCACGUAAAACCGCCACAGCCACCGUGUCACUCUUUGUGACCGAUGAGAACGACAACGCCCCCGCCAUCACUUCUCCAGCCAAUGAGUCCUACACUCUCCUUCCACCUGCGAGCAGUGCCCGCACCAUUGUCAGGACAGUGACAGCCACAGACUCAGACACAGGCCCGAACGCGGACCUUCACUAUACCUUGGUUGGGGGGAAUCCCUUCAGACUCUUUGAGAUUGGACACUCUAACGGCGUGAUCACACUGGCAGAGCCGCUGGAGCGGCGCCACAGGGGUCUGCAUCGACUGGUGGUCCGGGUGAAUGACAGUGGCACCCCCUCACUCUGUGCCACUGCCCUGGUCCACGUCUUCAUCAAUGAAAGCUUGGUCAAUGCCUCGCUGGUGGACGCACAGGUGAGCCGAAGCCUGCUAGCUCCACUGUCGCUGGACAUUGCAGGGGACCCAGACAGUGACCGUGCGUUAGGCAAACAGCGCCUCAGCGUCGCCAUCGGUGUGCUGGCUGGAGCCGCAGCCGUCAUCCUGGUCAUCCUCCUUGUAGUCACCGCCAGGCAAUGUGGAGCCCAAGGCAAGAAUGGCUAUGAGGCCGGUAAAAAGGAGCCAGAGGAAGAUUUCUUCAGUCCUUCAGGGGCUCAACCACAGGUCGGUCGUGGCGGCGGAUCGGAGCGAGGACGCAAACUUCGUCGGGACAAGCGCAACGGAAGCGGUGGCGGUGUAGCAGCUGGAGGUGGGAAGUCAGACAGGUCGCUCUACAGCGGCAUCGUCACUGUAAACGGACUUCGCCGCCACGGCAACGAUGAGGAGGAGGAGGAUAUAAGUAGUGCGAGUGAGCGCUUGGCAGCGCGCUACUGCGCCGUGGACGGUGACCCGGGCAGCCCAAGGAUGGGGGGGGGCAGAAGACACCAGUCAAGCCCAGAUUUGGCCAGACACUACAAGUCCAGCUCACCUCUCCCAGCCGUCAACCUCCAGCCUCACUCGCCUCCAGCUGAGGGGAAGAAGCAUCAGGCAGUGCAGGAGCUGCCGCCCUCCAACACCUUUGUAGGCAGUGGGGGCUGCGUGGGUAGCACUGGCUCCAGCAGCAGCAGUAGCGGGGGCAGCGGAAAUGGAGACGCCAUGUCCUUGGGAUCGGACCAGUGCUCAGAGUAUGGGUGCCAGACUGGGAACAAGUACAACAAACAGGGGACCCUUCGCCGGGUGACCUUCUCGGUGGUGAGUCAGGCCCAGGACGCUGGUUGCUAUGACAGUGGCCUGGAGGACUCAGAGACCCCCAGCAGCAAGAGUUCAUCGGGGCCACGCUUGGGAGUUCUGCCGCUGCCGGAGGAAGGUUACGAGCGCACCACACCCGAGGGCAGCGUGGGGGAGGAGGAACAUGUGGAGAAUGAUGCCAGGCAGCUGCCAGAUGUCGCCCUGACCGGAAAGUGCACCCGGGAGUGUGAUGAGUUCGGCCACUCGGACACGUGUUGGAUGCCAGUGCGCCCGUCGCCUCGCCAGCGCCACGGCAGCGACCCCCCGCGGCUUUCCACCUUUGCCCCCGGCGACGACAACAACAACCUGCGCAGAAACGACCACGAGAGCGACAGCGAGAGUGCGGGUAGCGUUGGGAGCUCAGAACCAGGGGUAGUCGUCCCCGGAGAAGGUCAGAGGUUACCCCUAGUCAAUGGUGACCCUCUGGGUACCCUGGGAAGAGCGAACAAGAACAUGGGCGACCACAAUCGCAACCUUCUCAACCGGAAGAUGACGUCUGCGUCAUACGACACCUUCAGCAGCGCUGGCUUUGGGAGGCGCCCACAGGAAGAGGGAGGAGGGGAGGGAGGCCAAAACCCAGCUGAGGUCAUACCUCUGACCCGGACUGGAGGGGACUACAAGACUACGUCCUGCCUCACCUUGUCACGCCGUGAAGUCUACCUGUGACCUCCUCAACCAUGCAGCAAUCGACCCGUCGCCACAUUUCGAGGACUUUUUAGAACAUGAAAAUGAUGGUUUCCCAAAAGUUGUACAUGCAUUCAGAACUUGUGGAUUCUAAUAUUUAUAGGCACUUAAACUUCAGCGAGUGAUGCAUUUACUAUUUUGAGAGCUCCUACCAGGCGUACUUUCUUUUUAAAAAAAUGACAAGUGAAAGUUGCCCGCGGGCAAUGAUUCUAUUAUGUCCAUGUGGAGGAGGACGACUUCAUCUUUUCUUUAUUUUUUUUUCUACCUGAAUCUGAUGCAUGCCUGACCUUCUGCCACUGAGGCAACUGUGUGAAGAAAGACUGUGUAAAUCACCAUGCCACAGAGGCUUCAGUACCAAACCUAACUUUCAAGACUCAACCGACAAACAUUCACUUUCAUAGAGAAGCAGAAAAAACUGAGACUGAGCUGCCGAGAUUCAUUUCAUCGAAGAAGUAUUAGGGUCUCAUUAAAAGAUAUACAUUUAUGAAUAUAAAGACAUAAUGUUACAGGAAUAAAGUCGCAACAAUGCAGAAGUCGGAAAGCUGCGAGGAAAAGGUUUUAACGUUUUGGGAAGAACGUUUGAAUGAUUUUUAAUUGUAUGUUUAGGUAUUAUAUUAUUAUUGUAUCAUAUUAACACCUUAUUCUCAAAACGUUUUUCAUCUAUUAUUGCGACUCUGUUUUCAUAAAAUUACAGCUUUAUUCUCUUACGACUUUUCUUUUUGCUGAUUUUCUUUUUAUUUUAAUUUUUGGGGUUUCGGUUUUAUUUGUGUCAUAUUUUAAAUUUUCUCUUAAAAUAUAACAACUUUAUUGUCGAAAAUGACCCAUUUUUUUUCUCAUUAUACCUUACUUUUGUAAAAUUAGGACUACAUUUUUUCUACUAUUUCUGCCACGCCUGUAUUCUUUGGGUCAACAUUUUUGUCCAAAUAUCCUUAUACUAAUACAAUUACUUUUUCUUGUAAUUGUUUUGGGCAAUAUUUUGACUUUAUUCCCAUAAUUGUUUUCUCAUAACAAGACUAUUUUCUUGUCAAAUUACAGCUUUUUGCAGCUUUAUUCUUGUAUAGUCUUUUCCUGGUACUAUAUUGUCUUUAUUCUCAUAAAUGAAAUUACAAAAUGUUAUUGUAUUAUGACAUUAUUACUUUAUUAUCGCAACUCUAAUAAUAAUUCAUAAUAUAUUUCAUAGUAAUUCUAAAAUGAUGGCUAUUUUAUUUCCCUUUCACGAUGGCCCUAAUACUCCUUUGUACAAUGUAAGGUAGAUAAGUUACAUAAUACGAGAUUGACUUUCUCAAAAAAUGUACAAGUAGUCCAUUAGUCCGCCCUGUGUGGGGUACAUUAGUGUAAAUUGUACCUUGAGGGACAAACAUGGACACCAGCUGUACUUCUGCUUCUAGUAUUGUACCAAUGAACAAGUGUACAGUUACAACACGAUCAUCCUAAUGAUCCUUAAAGCAGGUACUCUUUUAAGAACAAGACUGCAACUAUGUAAUUUUGUUUCAUGAUAAUCUAAUGUAACCACUCAGAACACAAGCGCAUUAAUAGGAUCACAGUGUGUUUAACAUAAUGCCUUCACACCCAGCCUGUAUGUAUAUAAAGUAUGCGUGCAUUGGAGCGGCGUUUUCCACUCACCUACAAGACCCAUGACCCUGAACACGCCAACACACACACACACACACACACACACACAUGCCUGGAGGCAUGAAUACACAAAUCUGUACAUUGACACUGUAACAUAAAGACAAUGGGCAUUCGCUUUCAUGCAGGAACAAGCACACUAACGCAUACGAACAGCUAUUUUAAACAUGAAAUGUAUUUAAAUAACAUUGAGCACCAUUAAAAGAACAUCUAUUGUAUGUAACGUUAGACAAUGUGCAGAUAAACCAUAUUCGGCAUAAUGUAAGUAGGACUCAUAGUGGGAAGCAAAAAAAGCUGACACUGCAUGAAAGAUAAUGCUAACUACUUUUUCCUCCUUUUUGGAAAAAAAAAAAGCCUUCUUUGGGAUAACGCGCCUUGGUUAUAUACAUUUGGUUACAUCUGUACUAUAACUGUGCUGAAGGGGCAAUGGAGAUAAAGAUGGCAGGAAGAGAGGUGACAUCUUUAAGUGGAGGUUGCACAAAACUUUACAAAAAUGCAGCACAUUCUGAAGCACUCCCCUGCUUCUGUGCAUGAACUCCUUCGCCCUUCCCACUUUUGAGGAGCGGCGGCUGCGGAUCGAGGCCAGCACAUCUUAAUUCCCAUCAUGAGAGUGCGGAUAGGGAUAAUAGGGUUAGCACGUCCCUCUGGUCUUAAUGAGUUCCUUUUAUGGCUCCUCUCCUCCCUUCAUCUUACACGGAUCUUAUUAUCAACGUCUCAAUAUGUGAAUGUAACCGCAAAUUGUCAGGAAGUGUGUCUCAUCAUUGUUCUGGUGCAGAUCAUGAAGGGGGGGGGGGGGGAUGUGGGGGACAUUGAAGGUUUUCUGCAGCAGUUAAGAUUCCUGUGGAGGACGAGUGCGACCGAAGGUGGAAGAAAGCAUUUUGUGUGUCCACAUGUACUGUAUAUAUGUACCUUAACAAACGUGUCAUGUACUCUCUACCUGGAGCUGUCUUUAUCUCCAAAUUUACUGAUGAACUUUAUUGGGGAUCAGCUCGUACAACGAACUGCUGGAAAGGAUGCCCCGAAAAGAAACUUUGUCAAGAGACUUGUUAUCUCUGCUGUUUUAAGGCAGUUUCAUUAUUGCACCUUUCAAGGGAACUCACUGUAAAUGAAUCAGUGUGGGUGUGUAUCUUUUUUUAUAAUAUACUGCACGUUUAAACAUGUUUCACUACUGCAAAAACAAGAGGGGAGGCAGACUUAAUGAGGACAUUUUACCAGAUUGGACAGUGGAUUGUGAACUGUUGUCCCCCCGCCCCCCCUUGUGCUCUUAGUCUUAUACUAGAUAGCCAUGUACAGGCAACACACGACUGGAUCCCAUAAAGGACAAAGGCAUGCUUACGCUCUUCAAACCUGCACUUACGAUGAAAGAAAAAAAUACCGUCGGAGGGAGGAUUUGUUUUUUUUUUUCUUAAGGGACUCACUCUGUUUUUCGCUCCCCCCUCGUCUUAACGACUUACUGAACUAAUUGCAUUUGCUAUGACAAGGAAGAAGAGGACCUGUCAGCACAUGGUUUGGUUAUGAAGACAAAUCCUGUAAAAGUUUGAAUUUGACAUUAAAAACGUCGAACACUU